CUCUUUAUCCCUAGCCAAGCCACACACAAGCUAGCUCCUGCGCAGUUGCGCUUUGCUUGCGCCCACUUCUCACACUCUCAUAUCGAUCUCCCGUGCACGCUAGCUCGCGCUCCUCCUGACCCAGAGCACAGCACAGCCAGCGCCAGACCGAUCGGUCCGUCGCCAUGAGCGGCGACACGCUGGACAAGCUGGUGGUGUUCCUGGCGAAGCGCGACGGCAUCGACAAGCUGGUGAAGACGUACCAGUACGUGUCCAAGCUGGCGCACUGGGCCGCCGAGUCGUCCCACCCGGGCUUCGCCGGGCGGGCCAAGAACUGGGAGACGGCGGCGGGGCUCAGCCGCAAGGUGUUCCGGUCCGGCCGCUCCCUCUCGGGCCUCAACGCGCUGCGGCGCUCCCCGGGGGAGUUCGGCGCGCUGGCAGUGCUCGCCAACGCCGGCGAGAUGGUCUACUUCUUCUUCGACCACUUCACGUGGCUCUCGCGCGUCGGCGUCCUCGAGCCCUGGCUCGCGCGCCGCGCCAGCUUCGUGUCCGCGUUCGGCGAGACCGUCGGCUACGUGUUCUUCAUCAUCAUGGACGUCAUCAUGAUCAGGAGGGGGAUCAGGCAGGAGAGGAAGCUGCUGAGCGAGGGCGGCAAGGAGAAGGAGAAAGAGACGGAGCUGAGCAAGAUCAGGAUGGACCGGGUGAUGCGGCUCAUGGGGACGGCGGCCAACCUCGCCGACCUGGUCAUCGCCAUCGCCGACAUCGAGCCCAACCCGUUCUGCAACCAUGCCGUCACGCUGGGGAUUAGCGGCCUCGUGUCCGCGUGGGCUGGAUGGUACAGAAACUGGCCGUCGUGAGCUGUGCCCGAGAUAGGGUUGCCAUUUCGACCACCAAAGAUGUAUUGUACGCUUACCGCGUAAACUAUUUUUACUUUACGAAACAGUUACAGAUAGUA